AUCACAUCUUCACCGGCUUCACAUACCUCCCAUCUCCCCUCCCUCUUUAUUCACAAAAUCUCUCUCCAUAGAAAGCUAUAAAAUCAUCUGUUCAUAUAAAAGAUCGGUUUUUUCAAAUUUUCACCGCGAUUUGUCCAACCCCUUUUGUCAAAUCUCACCAAUUUUGUCUCAUAUCUUCGUUUUGAUUCAGCUAAAGCUUCAAAAGAUUGAAGAAACCCUAAUUGGAAUUUCGCAUUGUAAAGGAUCUAAGUAGCGAUUUGUGAUAAAUCGAGUAAUGGCGGAUCAAGUAAUGGAGGGUAGUCAACCAGUUGAUCUCACCAAGCAUCCAUCUGGAAUUGUUCCUACUCUUCAGAACAUUGUUUCUACAGUCAAUCUGGAUUGCAAACUAGAUCUUAAAGCUAUUGCACUACAAGCUCGUAAUGCUGAAUAUAACCCCAAGCGUUUUGCUGCUGUGAUCAUGAGGAUAAGAGAACCAAAAACAACAGCCCUAAUUUUUGCUUCUGGAAAGAUGGUUUGUACAGGAGCCAAGAGUGAACAACAAUCAAAACUUGCAGCAAGGAAGUAUGCUCGGAUUAUUCAAAAACUCGGGUUCCCGGCAAAAUUCAAGGACUUUAAGAUACAAAAUAUUGUGGGGUCAUGUGAUGUCAAAUUUCCAAUUAGACUUGAAGGUCUUGCAUACUCUCAUGGUGCCUUUUCAAGUUAUGAACCGGAAUUAUUCCCAGGAUUAAUUUACAGGAUGAAACAACCCAAAAUUGUUCUGCUUAUUUUUGUUUCUGGGAAAAUUGUUCUAACAGGAGCUAAGGUUAGAGAUGAGACUUAUACUGCAUUCGAGAAUAUAUAUCCAGUUUUAACUGAAUUCAGGAAGAAUCAGCAGUGAUUUAUAUGUGGGAUAUAUGGUUCGAUGGUAUGAAGUUAUGGGUGAGCUCAAGUUGACUUCUGGGAGUUUUGACCUUGACUUUGACUUUGACUUAUGAAAGAAAAUGUAUUGUAAAUAUAUGGUGGAAAUGAAAAAUGGGCGUAUUUGUCAGCUUAGUCUCAAUUUAUUGCUGUUAUUCUAAGUUGUAAUGAUUUUGAUUUCAAGUUUUUAUAUCCAAAACAGGGCUCUUAUAUAUU